AUGGGUUUACUUCUUGAAGGCAAUGGCAUUAUGGGGUUUCUUGAUGGUUCUGCUCCAUGUCCCCCUCAAUUUGUUGAUUCUUCUUCUGAUUCUGCCACAAGAAUUGUCUCUAAUGCCUACAAGGUAUGGAAGAUUCAUGAUAAAGCGUUAAUGGCUUUGAUUACUGCUACUCUCUCUGCUUCUGCAAUUUCUUGCAUUAUUGGGAGUCAGAGUGCUACAGAUAUGUGGACUAGUCUCAAAGAGCGUUUUGCUGAUGUCUCUAGAGCAAGUAUUUUUCAGAUGAAAACUGAUUUACAGAAUAUCAAGAAAGGGUCUGAGUCGAUUGAUCAGUAUUUCCAGAGGAUUAAAGAUGCAAAAGACCAACUUUCUACAGUUGGGGUUGAUAUUUCUGAUGAAGACAUUGUAAUUCUUGCCUUAAAAGGUCUUCCUUCUGAGUAUAAUACUGUCAAAGCUGUUAUUCGAAGCAAAAAGAAGGUGGUUUCUCUGAAAGAUUGUCGCUCCCAACUCAAGGCUGAGGAAGCUACCCUUGAAGAGACUGCACGUCAAGUUCCACUGUUGACUGCCAUGGCUGCUACACCAAUUUCAAGUUCUACCUCUAGUAUGGCUUCAUCUUCUAUUGGAUCACAAGCAUCUGCCGGUGCUUACCCCCAUUUGGCACCUUCUCAGUUUCAACAAUCCUAUCCUCCUCAAGGGUCUCAGGGAUUUCAUUCUUCUCAAGGCUAUUCCUCUCAACAAGGGUAUCGGUCUCAUAAUCCUAGGCCUAAGGGUAGAGGGAAGUUGUUUUAUGAUCAAGGUCCUCGAUUUCCUCCUCGGAAUUCUUUCUCAAAUUCCUCUACUGGAAUUCUGGGUAGACCUCCCUUUCCUUCAUACAAUGGUGUUCCCACUUGUCAGAUUUGUAACAAGAAGGGUCAUAUUGCAGCCACUUGCAUCCAUCGAUCUACUACUCCUCAGUUUCAACCUCUUGAAGUGGAUCCUUGCCAAAUCUGUGGGAAAACAAAUCACAUUGCUGCUACUUGCUUCUAUAGAGAUAGUCCUUCUUAUCCAGGUUCUUCCUCCCAAGGCAUCACUGCUAUGACUGCUCAGGUUCAUCCUUCUAUGCCUCAGCAAGAAUAUUGGAUUGCUGACUCCGGUGCAACCAACCAUAUGACAGCCGAUAUCUCUAAUAUCUCUGUGGCUGCUCCAUAUCCCACUAAUGAGACCAUUGCAACUGCAAAUGGGGCAGGUAUACACAUCGCCCAUAUUGGAAAAUCGUCUCUUAUUACUCAUACACAUUCUUUUGCAUUGAAUUCUGUCUUACAUGUUCCACAGAUAUCUGCUAACUUGUUAUCUCUUAAUCAACUCUGCAAGGAAAACAAGUGUCGAUGUAUUCUUGAUGAUUCCUCUUAG